UUGUUUUUAGGCGCUCUCAGCUCAUCCAGCAUUCUUGACAGCCUUGGCAGCAAGUAUCGAGACAAGUUGAAUUCAUUUUUAGACCCAGUGCUCCAGACUACAGGCCGCAGCAGGUUUGUGAGGUGUUGGCACGCUAAGACAGAUGGUUGGGCGGCAUCAACAUUUCACAGCAACUGUGAUGGAAAGGGUCCCACUGUAACCAUAGUCCAAGUCGGUAGUUACAUAUUUGGUGGAUACACUGACAAGUCUUGGGGUGGUACGUAUCAGUUCAUAACAGCCUUAAUGGCACUCAGAUCAUGUUCAGCGUUUUCGUGUGGACUGGCAAAAAAGAUUCUACUACGCUACGCGUAGACGCAUUUUUGUGUGAAUAAACGUCCAGAUACGUGUGGACUGGGCCUAAAACCAGCGAUUUCGUUGCCUGAAUACGCCGUUUAUGUGUUAAUGGAAGGCAAAAUAUAAUAUCCGGAUACGUAAGGGUAAGGCCUCCUUGAUAAGCAUAAACUGACAUGAAUACUAAUCAAGACAUCACAUAAAAAAGACUGAGGGCUCACGACAAUCUACGUUUUAAAUGGUACGUACUCGGUCGGCUUUUCCUAUUUAUGGUAUAAGUUCUCCCUUAAUUUGCUUUCUGAAUAGUUUUUCAGUGAGCCAGCCACGUGUUUGGUUCUGUAAAAAAAAAAAACCUGUUAUUUUUACAGCAAAUACGACAACAGCGCAAAGCAUAAAAAGGGGAGUUUGUCUAAUGGUCGUGGGUCGUGGGUGUGGGCGUGGGUAAAAGUUGUGGGUGUGGGUAAUGCCUGGUGGGUGACACGAAGAGUUUGCCUAAUGGUCGUGGGUCGUGGGUCGUGGGUGUGGGUGUGGGUAAAAGUCGUGGGUGUGGGUAAUUAUUAAAAAUUAAUUUUUAAUCAUUAUUAAUAAUUAGCAAUGUAACUAACGAUCCACGACCCACGACCAUUAGACACUGAGUUUGCCUAAUGGUCGUGGGUCGUGGGUCGUGGGUGUGGGUGUAGGUAAAAGUCGUGGGUGUGGGUAAUGAUUAAAAAUUAAUUUUUAAUCAUUAUUGAUAAUUAGCAAUGUUACUAAUUUUUGUUAAAUAUUUAUAAUUUACAAUAUUACAAGUUUUGGAUUUUUUUAACUACUGGAUAACAAAACGAACAUACGAUGUAUGAAAAUUAUACAACACUUCCCCUACUCUGUUACUCUACUCAGUCUGACUUAACGUGGAAAGGAUGAGGUUCUUUAUCUUUACCGUGAAAUAUGUGUUUUAGGCGCAUUGUUCUGGCAAAUUGACUGAAGUCAUUGAGUAGCUGCCCCCUGAUAAUGUUUUCUCUUGUCACGGGAGUGGGAAUGAAUUUUAAACCACGGGAUAGUAAGGUACUUUGCUCGUCUGGCAGCUGUGAAUUUGACAGGUUUUUGAUAUGCUGGUUGCGUGACUUAAGAUUGUUUAGAAAGCGCUUUUUCUCUUUGAGCUUUCUCCGAUCGAUUCUUUUGCGGCUUUUAACCGCUUUGUUAUCAGUUCUGUUUCUUUUCCCUUCUUCCCUUAUUUCUAAAGGGUAAGAUAAGACAGCAGGAUAAGAUUAACUUUUUUAUUGUUUGCCUGUGCUCUCAUUUGUUCCAAAGUUUGACAGCUUUCCCCCAGCUAUGUCAACUUUAUAUUUGAAGACAAAAAUUAGUUCAACGUUAUUUCUUUUUCUUUUCGAUUGCUCCUGUACACACCGCCACCCCCUGCGCUGGUGGUCGACGAUCUCUGGUAGAGUAACAGAGUAGGGGAAGUGUUGUAUAAUUUUCAUACAUCGUAUGUUCGUUUUGUUAUCGAGUAGUUAAAAAAAUCCAAAACUUGUAAUAUUGUAAAUUAUAAAUAUUAAACAAAAAUUAGUAACAUUGCUAAUUAUUAAUACUGAUUAAAAAAUAAUUUUUAAUCAUUACCCACACCCACGACUUUUACCCACACCCACACCCACGACCCACGACUUGUACCCACGACCCACGACCCACGACCAUUAGGCAAACCCCUUCGGAUAACAUUACAGAUGAAGUAGCCUGCGAAAACAUCCGUUUCUCCUCGCUCUUCGCCGAUGGGGACGUUUCGCGCGGAGGAACGUCUGCGACUCAGCGACAGAAAUUCCAAUUAAAAUUGUUCUGAGAAACGGAAUUAAAGUAUUGAAAUGCUUUUACACUGAACAAUUGGUAAAAAGUUAAAAUGUUCAUAACCAACUAGUUGAGUAAAUAAAAAAAAGGGGAGCAUGCAUGAAACUUCAUUUUUUCUACAAGAGUUUACUAGUUGCUUCAUAACUGAUUUUUGGUGAGGACUGGUGUAUUGCCUGGCUUUGUUAAUCGGUAUAGCAUAUUUUAUACGGUGAAAUGUUCGAAGGUGUAAAACAUCCAGCUUCGAACACAUAGUAUAUAUUUAUAACUGUUAUGGUCGCCCUUGCCACUUGAAGUGUUUGAAUAAUUUAAAUUAAUAUCUGAAAAAUGUUUUUCCACAGGUUCUUGUCGUUAUGUCUAUUCAAGUAAAUCGUUCCUGUUCUCGUUAUAUAACAUCAAUGGCUACGCUCCUGUUAAGGUGAACAUCAAGUCAAGUAGUUAUAGUGGCGCUAUUUACACAUGUUCCAGUUACGGACCAACCUUUGGUGGGGGAAACGACCUGUACAUACCCAACAACGCUGCAAGUAACCGCAAUUCCUACACGUACUGUGGCUCCUCCUACCCCCUCCCCCCUGGGUACUCUGCAUAUUACACUUCCUGUCAAUUUUAUGCAGGAUCCUACAAUUUCACUCCCACUGAUGUUGAAGUGCUUUACGAGACAACAAUUUAA